CUGAAGGAGCUUCCGGACUGUUUGUCAGUCGUCACCAUGCUCGCGUCCAGCUCCAUGAAAUCUUCUGCCCUCCUGGAGAGCGACAUAUUGGGUGAUGAAUCCAAACCCUCCCUCCACACUCUGCUCCUUCAGCCGGUUCAGAGGAUCCCAGAGUACCUGCUGCUGCUACAGGGCCUGCUGAGGCAGACUGAUGCUGAGCACCCAGACUACUACCUGCUGCUGGUGUGCAUCCAGCAGUUCCGGACCUUCACGGCUCAGUACCACCACCUGCUCCAGCACAACCAGGAGCUUCUGCUGCACAACCGCAAGGAGGUGAAGAGGUCGACUAUGAAACAGCUGUUAAUGACAGUAGAGAGUGGAAUUAAAGCCAACAACAUUGGCUCGCCGUACCCUUGCAGCAGUGCCAUGCUAGAACAUGCAAACCAGGUGAAGCGCAGCAAACAGCGCCUCCUGGAGCAGAUGCAGUCUCACCGUUUCCAGGAUUGGGAUCGGGACCCCGAAUCUCACUGUUACGACUCAGAGUGGCCGUCCCAGCUCCCGUUCUUCAACCCCGUCCUGGACUCACGGAACCACAAGCCGACAGGUCUUGGCAGUAUCCCAGAGAGCGAGUCAACUGAGAGGUCCAUGUCGUGCCAGCAUCAUCUUCCCUCCAGACCCGCAGACUUCCGUCAGGUUCAGCCCGGCUCUGCUCUGGCCGAUGCUCUCGGAGAGUUCCUCCUCCCUCCGGACCCCCCAGGGAUGGAGAGCCUCUACGAAGAGGACGGAAGGUCUCUCCACGAUGUGUCUAUGUUCGACCAAUGCUCGUCGGCCUCCUCAGAUUCCUCCAUUGACAUCGCCUUUGUGAAGUGCCCCAAAGCCCCCGCAGCAUCACAUCACGCCAUGGCAGCGAACGUGUCGACGUCCCGAGAUGUCUUUGGCAACGGCGGAAGCCAUGGCAACGGGUUUGGCAAACUGCCCAACCGAGGGUGCGUGUCUCCAGAUGAGGCUGUGAUGAUGCGCCGCCUUCAGCAUCGCCCCCUUCAGGCCAGCCAGCGUCAGAGCAAGUCCCUGAACGGCCUGCAGAUGGACACCACAGUGAGCGGUCUGGACAGCGCACCUCUGUCAGACCACCUCCAAAGAGUUGGGCUGGGCAGCCACGCAAAGCUGGAGCGCCAGGGCAGCAAAGGCAGCAAAGGGUGUGCGACUCCAUCCCGUAAGGUCCACAGCCCCAUGGGAAACAGAGAUGCAGACAAACAGAGCGAAGAUCUUCAUGGGCUGCUCAGCAUUGACUCCGGGAUCCAAUCGUGGGGCGACGAGUCAAAGUGGAGGACGGAGGAGAACAACCACUCACACUUCAGUGAGAGGAGUCGGAAGCAGGAAAAAGGAGGCUUCAGGAGCUCGUUCAAGAAACUCUUCAAGAAGAAGAGCAGCGAUGAGAAGAAAGACAAGGGUGGUGAGAAAACCCCAGAAAACCAAAACGCCGGUGACCACGAGACGUCCGGGAAAAAUUCCAAACUGGUACAUCUGGAGAUAAACCGUGGCACAGCUGUAUGAACGUCACCUCUACCACACACAGGAACUCUGUGGGAUGCAUGAAUGCUUCAGGAUACAGAGGUCACAGUCACAGCUGCUGUAUAAAUGUACAGGUAUAAAAUAUUUAGCUGAGCAAUAUUUCCUCUAGACAAAAAGUAUAAGUCUGAUUUUUAUUUAAAAACAUUCAGUCACACUGCAGAGAAACUAUUUGACACUGUGGAUUACAUUUGUUUUAAAUUCAUUUGAAUAUGUUAUUACAAUCUUGACCACUAGAUAGUGCAGUUCAACUCUGCACCUUCACUGCCCACAGUGUAAAUACGUCUCAUUUGAAAACCAACUUUUAAACUGUGUAAAUUUUCCUGCUGAUAUUUUCAUGACUGCAUAACCAGAACUUAUUAUAUAUUAUAUGUGCAUAUAGUCAG